UACUCAUUUGGAGCUGCUGCUUUCAGUGGGACGGGAGGUUAAUCGAUUAUGACAUGGAUGGUUGAUUGAGGAGUGGUACAGGGAUGGAUGGGUGGAUGGAGAGCAGUGGAAAGCCAAAUAAAUGAACACCUGGAUUUGAAGAAAGAAGUCAAACUAUAUAUCAGGCUUCAGGUGAAACUUCAAAAGAAAACUACCAGAGGCAUAUUUCUAUUUUCAAGAAAAUUUUCCUUUUCUUGUAUGAAGUUGGAGAGAGGAUAAGCUUUUCUAAUACUGAGCUGCAAAAACAAAUACCUGGAGAAAUGGGUUCAACCAGUGCUCCAAGAGGAUGCGGUUCUAACAUCAGCUCCAUAUAUUACAACCUGUGUGAUCUCACCACGCUGUGGGGUGUCGUGGUCGAGGCUGUGUCUGCUGCUGGUGUGAUGACCUCCUUUAUUCUGUUUAUCAUUCUCAUGGCAUCAUUACCAUUUGUCACGGACAAGAAGAGAAAGGGUAUGGUUGCUCUACAGGCCAGCAUUUUAGUCUUCACAUUAGGACUUUUCGGGCUCACCUUUGCCUUUAUUGUGGACCAGUACUCUACAAGCUGUGCUGCUCGGAGGUUCUUGUUUGGAGUGCUGUUCUCAGGCUGCCUCGCCUGCUUGGUGAUGCAUGCGCUUUGGCUUUCCCUGCUGAAACGAAGUGGUAAAGGCCCGAGGAGCUGGCUGCUGUGGCUGGGAGCUCUGAGUCUCUGGCUUGUUGAAGUCAUCAUCAACACCGAAUGGCUUGUCCUCACCGUGGUCUGGAGCCCACCUGGAGAAAUAGUGGUUCCUGACCUCUCCUGUAGCAUUGCCAACAAGGACUUUGUACUGUCCCUCAUUUAUGUAAUUGUUCUGAUGGUUGGUGUCGUUCUUAUGGCUUUUCCCUCAUUAUCACACAAGCACAAGCAGUGGCGCCGAGAUGGUGCUUUCAUCCUGGCCACGGGACUCUUUACCAUAGGUAUCUGGGUAGCCUGGAUCGCCAUGUACAUCUACGGAAACAGAGCGGCUGGUAAUCCCAGCUGGGAUGAUCCUACCCUGGCUGUAACUGUGGCAUUAAAUGCCUGGGUAUUCCUUGCCUUCUACAUAAUUCCAGAAAUCUGCUUUCUGACGACACAAGAAGACCCAGACCUCGAGGAGUCCCCGGAUGGAGAGCAUGUUUAUCCUGCCAGGAGCCUCACGUACGACACCACACUGAAGGAGCCAGAGCCAGAGCCCCAGAACCUGUACAUAGAGAAUAAAGCUUUCAGUAUGGAUGGAACACCAGAAGCAGAACCGGCAAACUCAGCAUCUCCAUAUGGCAUCUACAAUGGUCAGCUUCGAAGCGCUGUGUACCAGCCAACAGAAAUAGCACUUAUCACCAAAGGUCUCACAAUGAUGAACCAAGGCGUGAUGAUACCUCGGGCCAGAGCUCCAUCUUUGAAUCCAGGGAGUGGCGCCAGCUCCUUGUCUCGUUCACAGGAGUCUUUAGCUUCCCAGUGACUUGUCAUAGAUUUUAUGCUUUCUUUUUAUUUCCCUUCGAAAGAUGCUUUAAUAUUAAAGCAACACUCAGAAGGAUUAUAACUGUUGUUUUCUAUACAGCAGUAUAAGAGCGACAGUGACUUAAGAUUAUUCACUUCUAGAUGCACAAAACAAAUAUUUACAUAUGAAAAUAUUGUGCCGUUUAUAUCAGUAUGUGUUCUGUGAGAUAAAAAUAGUUCUCCAGGCUAUGAAGUGUACCAGGCAGAAACUUGGAGCUCAACUCCUAGCCUCGCUCUCUGAAGACUUUCUCUACCUACAGUUGAAACUAGACAUUUACGUACAUGAAUAAAAAGACACAAACACAUUUUUUUCUUAAUGUCCAAAGUUAAAUCAGAUCAAACUCUUCGUUUUAGCAGGUGGGAGGGAACCCAAAAUGUUUCACCCAAAUCAUAUAUUAUAAAAGACAGUUUCCCUGACACUGACCAAAUGUAUCUUAAACUUUUGAAGUUGAGGAAAGUUACAAAAAAAAUUUCUCACUACGUUUUCUGGCAUUUAGCAAAUAGAGAUAUUUUUUUUAGU